ACUAUCUGCCGACAAUGUUGAAAGGAAAGACAGAUAGAAUCGAUCGAUAGCGAAAAAGAUAAAUUAAAAAAGCAGACAGUGGCCAGCGAUCCCGCACGAUGAAACGUUUUUCAUCGUUCGAGAUCUAAACCCGAGCGGAGGCCAAGAAAAAAAUAGAUCUAAAUUUGAGGCUUUUGUCAUCAAAUCCUUAGAGAUCAUAUAUUGAGAGAAGUAGCCAGCUUGAGCUUUCUAUAGAGAGAUAUCAAAUGAGGAAUCAGGAACGAAGAGUAAGUAAGAGGUUGGAGACCAAGAUGGAGGAGCUGCAGUCAGAAAUGGAUGCCCUAAACGAGGAACAAUCAAGAUUAAGAUAAGGGCAAAGAGAAAUGAAACAACAUUUUGAAAAGAUCAAAGCGGAGUGUGCACAGCUGAGACAGGAGACCAGCCUCCUUCUCCAGCGAAAUCUAGGCUCCCAGCCUCGCCUUGUUGCGAACAAACGUGGUUCUAUCUAACGAACAUCUUGCAAAUUAAUUAGAGAGGACAUGGAUUUUGCCUUUGCCAUAUGUUGCUGUGUUAAAUUAAUUAUCAAUAUGAAUGUCACCUUCUAUUACAUUUCUACCACUGGUUGUAUAUAUUGAGGUCUGCUUUCUAUGGAUAAACAAAAAAUCAUGCGUUUC